GCUGUUAGCAGCCACAAGUCAGCUGCUGAGUGGGCGACCCUCAGCCUGCCGACGCCACAAGCGGUAAAGACACGCGACCUGCCACAUAACCGCAUGGCUCUCUAGGGUCCAUCUCUGUCAGCCCAUUCGGGCCGCCCAAUCCCGACUGGAUUCCAUCAUGAAUGGAAUCAACGCAGUUUGGAAUGCCAGCAAGCCGCCCUGUACAUGGGCACGCAAGCCACCCAUGCUGAUGGUGCCUUCACACUUUGACAGGCUGUCUUUCCAUGUUCGGUUCGCGCUAUACUCCACAGCACCGACCGAAAUAACCAACAGCUACUUUCCUGAGAACAUCGCAUAUUUUUGUCCGGUGGAAAAUAGCUAUCAUGUCUCGGGUUAUUUGGAGGACUCAUCGAUAGCUGGGCAUGUGGAUGGCGUCGUACCAUACCAACAUAUUUGUAUAGAUAUGAAAGGUUUCAUAGUCAACGAUCCCUCAAGGCUCGCACGAACCUCCGAUACACAUACUGACAGGGUAAAUAUCCUGUAUACAACUGGUCUCACGGCCUUGUCAGUUUCUCGCGAUAUGUUGGCCGGGCAUCGUCCUCCUUUACCUAUGCGGUGGUCCUUCGAACAGUCAUCAAGCAAGUAAACCGAUAACUGUGUAUCAAACAUACAGCAUCAAACUGCUCAGAUCCCUCGAAACAAUCCAGAAGCCUUCCACAGCACGUGGCAGUACGAGACCUAACGCCUCCAUAUGUUCGAGCCGAGUCUGGAAGACGCCACCAGUCACACCCUGAACCAGCACACUUUUGUAGCUCCAAAGGAAAGGACCUUAGCGAGAACCGGUACUGAAUUCGUUUAUUACGGCUAGAUAGCCAUAUCCUUUCGUUUAUCGCA